AUAUCCAGAGAAUGCAAAUGCUCAGAAGGAAUGCAAUUCAACGUAGACAGUAGAUCUUGUUUAGAAAUUUCAAAGUCCGUAGAGAAAAGUUGCAGUAAUUACCAAUUUAUGCGUGAUGGACAAUGCGUAGGUGGCCUUUAUGCCUCGUGUAAUACUACCAAUGACUGCUCUGCUGAGAAUACAUACUGUGACAUGAAAUCAAGGACAUGUUGGUGUCAUCGAGGCUAUUUACCUUAUACUUUAGAAAAGUGUCAACUAGGUAUCGGAAAAGAUUGCAACCAAUCUAAAGAAUGCAGCGUGAAAAAUUCAGUAUGCGAUGGUUCCAAGUGUGCCUGUCCAAAUAAUCAUUACCUGUCUGCUAACGAAAGGUCCUGCAUUCCUCUUCCUGAAAAGGUGAUGGGCUCUUGUCAGACGAAAAAAGGAUGUCAACUGAUACCAAACACGUAUUGUUCUGUUGAAAGCGUUUGCCAAUGUAUGCCAGGUUUUUUGCAGAUCAAUGACAAAUGUGUUUCUACCAUCGGUGGAUUAUGCACUGAACAUUCGGACUGCCCUGAUUUGAAUUCUGAGUGUAUGGGUCAUGAGUGUCGAUGCAAGCAGCACUACUAUCCAUCAUUUACUAAUAAAACAGUUUGCCUACCUGUAGCUCUCGUUGCAGGAGGUCACUGCGAAUCUGAUGAAGGCUGCGUGAUGAACCACACUAUUUGCGAAGAAAACAAGUGUGUCUGCAAAUCAGGCUACCGCAAUUACAAUGGCGAAUGUCAUGACCCGAAACAAUACUGCGUUAUGUCUAUAAGGGACUGCUCACCCCGGAUUAAGGACUCAGUUUGCAGGAAUCAUAAAUGCAUUUGUAACACGCACCACUACUUGACGUCCAAUGGCAAGGCAUGCUUGAGAAACGCAAGAAAUUUGAAAGACAGAUGUGAUAACGACAAUGGCUGUCAAGAGUUACCGUACUCAAUUUGUCGUAAGAAGAAAUGUGUCUGCGAUGACAAACACGUUACAAUAAAUAAACAGUGUAAGGCAAUUCUGGAGGUAAAAUGUAAAAAUGAUGGCGAUUGUGGUGUCGAUCACAGUAUUUGUGAUCGUAAUCAGAAUGUUUGUAAAUGCAAACAAAACUACUAUGCAAAGCCUGACAAUAAACAAUGCUUCAAGUUUUCUGAAAACGUAAACGAAAACUGCAAAAGUGAUACUGACUGUAGUGUCAUCAAGAAUACAGAGUGUUCUAAGAAUCAUAAAUGCGAAUGUAAGCCAGGCUUUUUUAACUCAGGUAAUCAGUGUCAGCGACUUAUUGAUACUGACUGUAGUGACGACUCCAAUUGUAUGAUCGGUAACUCAACAUGCAACCCACAGGUUAGAACCUGUCAAUGUAAUGAUGGUUAUUACUCAUCCAGAAAUGGAACAGAGUGUAAUCCUUUUGCUAAAGAUCCUAAAGAUUGGUGUGAAGAUAACAGAGGCUGCUUUAAAGUUCAGUAUUCCGAGUGUUUAUUAAGUAAAUGUACGUGCAUCAAAAACUACGUCCUCGUGGGUGGAAAAUGUAAAGCUUUGGUUGGAGAAAUUUGUGUUAAUGAAUUUGAUUGUGGAGUCAGUAACUCCAAGUGUGAGUCCCAUAUUUGUAAAUGCAAGGCUGAUUAUUACUCAUCGAUAGACAAAAGUCAAUGCUACCCUCUUGCUAAAGAAUCGGAAGAUUUCUGUGAAGACAACAGAGGAUGCCGUAAUGUCAUGCACUCGAGUUGCUCAAAUAAUAAUACUUGUAAGUGUAAUGACAACUACCAAUUAAAAGGAAAGGAAUGUUUGGGUUUAGCUAACGCAGAAUGUUUGGAAGCCGAUGAGUGCCUGAUGAGUAAUUCGACAUGUACAUCAAGGACUUGUCAGUGUCGAAAAGGCUACUAUUUAGCAGACAAGAUAACUUGCUAUAAAUACGCAGAAGAAUUAUAUGAUCACUGCGAAGACGAGCAUGGCUGCUGUUCUAUUGAUAACGCUGAAUGCACGUCCAAUAAAUGUGUUUGUAAGUCUGAUUUCUUCGAGGAAAAUAAACAGUGCAAGCGAUUAAUCGGAACAGAAUGUCUAUUGAACUCUGACUGUACGAUUGAGAAUUCGACUUGUAAAGGAUGUUCUUGUGAAUGCGCUAACGGCUUCUAUCACUCGUUAAACAGAAAACAGUGCUUAGCAUUGGCUACAAAUCUGGGUAGUACUUGCGAAGAUAAUAGAGGGUGUCAGAGACUUAAAUACACGGAAUGUUCUAGCAAUAAAACGUGCAAUUGCAAGUCCAAUUUCAUUAAAGUCAAUGAAAAAUGUAGAAGUAUCUACGGAGAAGAGUGUGACAGUGAGUUAGAUUGUGCAACAAAAGGGUCAAAAUGUGAAUCAAGAACGUGCGAAUGUAAGAGUGGUGAUUAUCUAUCAGCAGACAAAAGUCAAUGCUACAUAAAAGCAACAGAGCUAAAUAAAUUUUGUGGAGACAAUCGAGGAUGCCGCAGCAUCAAAUACUCAAGAUGUUCUAGCAAGAACACUUGUGAAUGCAAAGAUGAUUAUCAGCAAAAAGGACAUCUCUGCUUGGGAAAAAUUGAUGCUGACUGUUCAAAUUCUACAGAAUGCGGAGCAAAGGAUGCUAUUUGUUCUGCUGACAAUACUUGCCAGUGUCCUUUAAACUACUACUUUGAGAACGGAAACUGUCAUAAAUAUGCGGCGAAACUCGAAGAGGAAUGUUAUUCAAUGGAAGCAUGUGACCACCUUCCAUAUGCGCAAUGUGGUAGCAGCGGUAAGUGUGAAUGUCGGGACAACUAUGAUAACUCAACUGGAGUGUGUCGGGGCUUAAUCAACGCAAUCUGUGAAAAUUCAACGGAUUGCGCCGCGAAGGAUGCUAUUUGUUCUACUGACAAAAAUUGCCAGUGUCCUUCAAACUACUACUUGAAGAACGACAACUGUCACAAACAUGCAGCCAAACUCGAAGAGGAAUGUUACUCAAUGGAAGCAUGUGACCACCUUCCAUAUGCGCAAUGUGGUAGCAGCGGUAAGUGUGAAUGUCGGGACAACUAUGAUAACUCAACUGGAGUGUGUCGGGGCUUAAUCAACGCAAUCUGUGAAAAUUCAACGGAUUGCGCCGCGAAGGAUGCUAUUUGUUCUACUGACAAAAAUUGCCAGUGUCCUUCAAACUACUACUUGAAGAACGACAACUGUCACAAACAUGCAGCCAAACUCGAAGAGGAAUGUUACUCAAUGGAAGCAUGUGACCACCUUCCAUAUGCGCAAUGUGGUAGCAGCGGUAAGUGUGAAUGUCGGGACAACUAUGAUAACUCAACUGGAGUGUGUCGGGGCUUAAUCAACGCAAUCUGUGAAAAUUCAACGGAUUGCGCCGUGAAGGAUGCUAUUUGUUCUACUGACAAAACUUGCCAGUGUCAUAUAAACUACUACGCUGAGAACAACAACUGUCGCAAAUAUACAGCCAAACUUGAAGAGGAUUGUGACUCAACGAGAGCAUGUGACCAGCUCCCUUAUGCUCAAUGCAGUAGCAGUGGUAAGUGUGAAUGUCGGGACAACUAUGAUAACUCAACUGGAGUGUGUCGGGGCCUAAUCAACGCAAUCUGUGAAAAUUCAACGGAUUGCGCCGCGAAGGAUGCUAUUUGUUCUACUGACAAAACUUGCCAGUGUCCUUCAAACUACUACUUUGAGAACGACAACUGUCACAAACAUGCAGUCAAACUCGAAGAGGAAUGUUAUUCAAUGGAAGCAUGUGACCACCUUCCAUAUGCGCAAUGUGGUAGCAGCGGUAAGUGUGAAUGUCGGGACAACUAUGAUAACUCAACUGGAGUGUGUCGGGGCUUAAUCAACGCAAUCUGUGAAAAUUCAACGGAUUGCGCCGCGAAGGAUGCUAUUUGUUCUACUGAAAAAACUUGCCAGUGUCCUUCAAACUACUACUUUGAGAACGACAACUGUCACAAAUAUGCAGCCAAACUUGAAGAGGAUUGUGACUCAGCGAAAGCAUGUGACCACCUCCCUUAUGCUCAAUGCAGUAGCAGUGGUAAGUGUGAAUGUUGGGACAACUAUGAUAACUCAACUGGAGUGUGUCGGGGCUUAAUCAACGCAAUCUGUGAAAAUUCAACGGAUUGCGCCGCGAAGGGUGCUAUUUGUUCUACUGAAAAAACUUGCCAGUGUCCUUCAAACUACUACUUUGAGAACGACAACUGUCACAAAUAUGCAGUCAAACUCGAAGAGGAUUGUGACUCAACGAAAGCAUGUGACCACCUCCCUUUUGCUCAAUGCAGUAGCAGUGGUAAGUGUGAAUGUUGGGACAACUAUGAUAACUCAACUGGAGUGUGUCGUGGUUUAAUCAACGAAAUCUGUGAUAAUUCAACGGAUUGCGUUGUGGAGAGAGCUAUGGAUUCAACUGAAAAAACUUGCCAGUGUCCUAUAAACUACUACGCUGAGAACAACACCUGUCUCAAAUAUGCAACCAGUGAGUAA